AUGUUUAAUGAAUUUCAAUUAAAUAUUCAUCAUUCAUCAUCUAAUUCAGUGGAUAUUUCUUCUAUUCAAGAAUAUUCUAACGGUGAAGAAUAUGAAGUAAUUGAUGGUUAUGAUGAUAUUGCCUUAGAUGAGGAUUUCGCCACAGAAUCAGAAGAGAUAGUGUCAAUGCAUGAUGUUGUUGCCGUGCAUGAGGAAGAAUACUGGGAUACUAGUGAUCCUAUUUAUACAUGUGUAUUUUGCAAUACCAAUAUGUGGGAUAAAGAGAGGCUUAGUAGGACUAAUGGCCAUGCUAGACCGUAUUUUGGUCUGUGUUGUAUGGAUGGAAAUGUUGAAUUGCCUGUUCUAAAGUUAGCACCUAAGAUUUUACAAGAUUUUCACUUUAAGGAUGAUGACAUGUCACGAUACUUUAAGAAGAACAUUCGAUUAUUUAACUCUAUGUUUUCGUUCACAUCUAUGGUUGGUAGAAUAAACAACAACAUAAAUAAUGGAACUGCACCACUUACACUCUUACUAAGUGGUCAGAAUAACCAUUGCGUCGGGAGUUUACUCCCUUCAGUGAAUAAUAGCCCAAAGUUUGCACAGCUAUAUAUUUAUGAUACAGAUAAUGAACAAUCUAAUUCUAGCAAUGGUCUUGAAAGGGUCAUUGUUGCUGAGCGAAAGAGUAUGCUUGAUCUCCACAAUCCCUUGGCCAGUACAUUUCGAUAUGCUCGAGAACGGCGUUAUAAUCUGCCAACUGCAUCUGAGGUUGCGGUAAUAGUCAUUGGUGAUAUUGAUGAGUCCUGUUUGGAUAGGGAUAUAAUAAUUGAGUCACGCUCUAGCCAGCUUAAAAGAAUUGAUGUUUUUCAUUCGCAGUACCUUGCAUUGCAGUAUCCUUUACUGUUUUCGUAUGCGGAAGAAGGAUACAGAAUUGGAAUUGAAACUUCCAAUCAAUAUAAUACUAAUGGUUCGAAGAAGAGAAAAAUUAUCAGCAUGAGGGAGUUUUUUUCAUAUCGGCUACAAAUGCGGUUUCCCGGUUCUCCUAUUUUGUUGCAUUCUAGUAGACUGUUUCAACAAUUCUUGGUGGAUGCAUAUACGAUGGUUGAGGCCGAACGAUUGAACUUUAUAAGAUUUAACCAACCAAAGUUAAGUGUUGAAAGGUAUAAAGUCCUUCAUGAGUCUUUGGUAAGUGGACAAGCUGAUGCUGUUGCAACUGACCAGCGUAUUAUAACAAUUACUAGCAAUUCUGAUGCAUUUGGUAAGCUGAUGCAUUUGCUAUUUGCAAGAUUAUCACCUCAAGAUCGUCCUGAUGUUGUUUCAAGGACAUUCAAAAUCAAGCUUAAUAAUCUAAUCAGCGAAUUUAAAAGUGGCAUUCCUUUUGGAAAAAUUGUUGGAUAUGUUUGCACUGUUGAAUUUCAGAAUAGGGGAUUACCUCAUGCACACAUAUUGUUAUUCAUGCAUCCAACAAACAAGCCAAAGUCUCCAUCAGAUAUUGACAGGUUUAUUUCUGCUGAGAUACCUGAUAGGCUCCAUAGACCAAGGUUAUAUGCUGCCGUAGAGAGAUUCAUGGUUCAUGGGCCUUGUGGUCGACAUAACAAAAAUAGUCCGUGCAUGGUAGAUGGUCAUUGUUCAAAAUAUUUUCCUAAGAAAUUUAGGUCACGUACUGUUAUUGAUGAAGCUAGAUUUCCAAAGUACAAGAGACCAGACAAUGGUCGCACGAUAACUAAGAGGAAUGUUACCAUUGAUAAUUCCUUUAUUGUUCCAUACAAUCUGUAUUUAUUGUUGACAUAUGGCUGUUAUAUAAAUGUUGAGCAAACAUGCCAAACUUCUGCCAUCAAGUAUUUAUUUAAAUAUAUGCACAAGGGUAAUGAUCGAGUUGUGGAUAAGAUACAAAAUUAUUAUGAUUGCCGUUAUAUAUCAUCAUGUGAGGUAGAUUGGAGGAUAUUUGGUUAUGAUAUUCAGAUAAAGGAACCUGUAGUUAUUAAGUUACCCUUUCGCCUUCCUGAAGAGCAUGCUGUUAUCUUUAGAGAUAAUGACAAUAUUCAAGAUGUUCUCAAUCGAGUAGAUGGCAAGUUGACAAAAUUAUUAGCAUGGUUCCUUGCUAAUAGUUUAUAUCCUUUCUUCAGGUCGUUGACUUAUAGUGAGUUCCCUAACAAGUUUGUAUGGAAGGAUGAUUCAUGUUACCAGCAAUUAUCUGAAGACAUCCUAUAUAUUCAUAGAAGAAAUCACCGCUGUGAAGAGCUACAAUUAUCAGAUGAGCAAAUAUUGAAUUUGACAUUGGUUAAGAUUGAGGAAAGACUACAAGAAAAUGGAAGAUCUCUUAGAGAAUUCUCUACACUGUCGUAUCCCGAUAUGCAAAACAUUGAUGGUGUUGUUGAUCGAUUCUUAAUGGAUGAGAUGAAUUUUGAUAGGGAAUUUCUACAUGAGGAGUUUAAGGAUUCUUUGAAAUCUAUGACUCACGAACAGAGGAAUGCAUAUGAUUGGAUAUUGAAUGCUGUCUCCAUGGACCUUGGUGGAUUUUACUUUGUUUAUGGUUACGGUGGUACUGGGAAGACUUUCCUUUAUCGCACGUUAUCUGCAUCAUUAAGGUGUAACGGCAAAAUUGUGCUAAAUGUUGCAUCAAGUGGUAUUGCUUCACUAUUACUCCCUAAUGGACGUACUGCUCAUUCUAGAUUCAAGAUUCCACUAAACAUAAAUGAGGAUUUGGAUGAAGCUUCGAUGCUUAACAAACACUGUUACAAGGCUUUAAACAAGUCAUUGAAGGAUAUUCUUAGAUUUGAGAAAUCCUACAAACCUGACAUGCCAUUUGGAAGAAAGGUUAUUGUCCUAGGUGGUGACUUUAGGCAGAUCCUUCCAGUCAUACCUAUGGGAUCACGAUAG